AUGCGAUUGUUGGUAGUGUUGUUGGUCAGUGUGUUGUUGGUGGUGGCAUUGGCAAAGCCGGCGGCUAAGCCUGCUAAGAAAGCUCCGAAGCCUACGCCAAAACCAGAGAAUUACCACAAAUACAAGACUGUGGGCUUCCAGGAUGAACCUCAUCCCAAGAAAAUGUUUGUAAGUUGAGUUUAUGUUUAAAUGCAGUUUUCAAUGUUACCUACAUAAAUUUAAAUAUUUUUACAAAACUAAAGUCAAUUAAUGUAGUUUAUUGACUAAUUUUGUGAAACACGUAUUUUACAUCUAAUCCAAACCCUCCAGGACGUAAAGGACCUGUUCAAACUUCCCCCACCCUCAAAACGAAAAGCCAAGCCCGCCCCCAAACCCACCCGCAAAGGUCGACCAGCUCCACCUCGACGACGAGCAGCCCCACGACGACGACCAGCUAGACGUGGUUGA